GGAGCUGAGCAGGGCAAAGAUCGGCCCGCUCCCCCGCGACGACAGAUGGCUGGCCCGGGAGCGUAACCUGCCUCCGCCCUUCGGAUUUAUAGUCGGUUCCGUUCUUGCUCCUUGGGACUUGAGAUCAUCAUGCGGUGAUGUGCUCCGAGGGAGGCGCUGAUCCCGUGCACACCCUGGAUCCCCGUCCAGAUCGGACAUGACUGAGGCUCUUCAGUGGGCCAGCUAUCACUGGCGGCGGCUGGUCGGCAGGGCACACGGGGACAGCGAUGCGAGACCGUACAGCUAUUCCUCCCUGCUCAUCUGCGGUGGCAAGACUCCCCAGAGCCCCAAACCGGCGGGGAAGCACCGCGUAGUGAUCCCUCACCUCCAGCACUUCAAGGACGACUAUGAACAGUUUUCUGGCACCUACGUGAAUAACCGAAUACGAACAACGAAGUACACCCUUCUCAAUUUUGUGCCAAGAAAUUUAUUUGAACAAUUUCACAGAGCCGCCAAUUUAUAUUUCCUGUUUCUAGUUGUCCUGAACUGGGUACCUCUGGUAGAAGCCUUCCAGAAGGAAAUUACAAUGCUGCCCCUGGUGGUUGUCCUGACCAUCAUCGCAAUUAAAGAUGGCUUGGAAGAUUACCGAAAAUAUAAAAUUGACAAGCGGAUCAACAACUUAGUAACUAAAGUUUACAGCCGGAAAGAGAAAAACUAUGUUGACAGAUGCUGGAAAGAUGUGACUGUGGGGGACUUCAUUCGCCUCUCCUGUAACGAGAUCAUCCCUGCAGAUAUGGUCCUGCUCUUUUCCACUGAUCCGGAUGGAAUCUGCCACAUUGAGGACUCUGAAGUUGAUCCUGAGAAAUUCUCCUGUCGGAUAGAAUGUGAAAGUCCCAACAACGACCUCAACCGAUUCCGCGGCUUUCUAAACACGGAGGCUGUGGUGGGCAUUGUGGUUUACGCAGGUCAUGAAACCAAAGCAAUGCUGAACAACAGCGGGCCACGGUAUAAGCGCAGUAAAUUAGAGAGAAGAGCAAACACGGACGUCCUCUGGUGUGUCCUGCUUCUGAUUAUAAUGUGCCUGACUGGUGCGCUGGGUCAUGGGAUCUGGCUGAGCUGGUAUAAAGAUAUACCCUUCUUCAACAUCCCUGAGCCGGAUGGUCAUGUCAUCGCCCCCGUGUUGGCAGGAUUCUAUAUGUUUUGGACCAUGAUCAUUUUGUUGCAGGUCCUGAUUCCCAUCUCCCUCUAUGUUUCCAUUGAAAUUGUUAAGCUUGGCCAAAUAUAUUUUAUUCAGAGUGACGUGGAUUUCUACAAUGAGAAAACUGACUCUACUGUUCAAUGCCGGGCCCUGAAUAUCACGGAGGACCUUGGUCAGAUUCAGUACCUCUUCUCUGAUAAGACAGGGACUCUCACCGAGAAUAAGAUGGUUUUUCGGAGAUGUAGCGUGGCAGGCUUUGAUUACUGCCAUGAAGAAAAUGCCAGGAGAUUAGAGUCUUAUCAGGAAACGGUCUCUGAAGAGGAGGAUUUUGGAGGCAGCCCCAGUGGCUCACUAAGCAACCUGGGGAAACUGAGGACUGCCAGCUGCAGGACAGCUCAUCACGGGUCUCUGGGAAGCAAACCAUCCGCUCAUCUUUCUGGAAGCUGUUUUGCUCUGGGAAAUGGAGAAGGAGCUGGUGAAGUGCCUCACUCCAGACAGGCUGCUUUCAGCAGCCCCAUUGAAACAGAUGUGGUACCAGACACCAGGCUUGUAGACAAGUUUCGUCAGAUCACGCCACACUUUUCCCACCAGCCAGAUGCGCCUGCCCACAGUCCAUCCUGGGAGACUUUGUGCAUCAUGGACUUCUUCAUUGCAUUGGCCAUUUGCAACACAGUGGUGGUUUCUGCGCCUAACCAGCCACGACAAAAGAUAGGACUCUCAUCACUGAGUGGAAUGCCCAUCAAGUCCUUGGACGAGAUUAAAAACCUCUUCCAGCGAUUGUCUGUCCGAAGAUCAAGUUCGCCGUCUCUCACCAGUGCGAAAGAAUCAUCUUCUGUCAUCCCAAAUACCUUUGUGAACAGAGUCUCUUUCUUUGGUCGAAUGAAACUGGCAUCGCCUGUGGAGGAAGAGGGCUCCCAGAUGAGCGAGAGUCCCCCGGGUGCUAGUCACUCAGCUUGCCUUGAAGAAACGGAGAAAGAAACCAGUGGCGCAGGCGUCACCAAAGGCAAGGUGGACUCCCUUCCUGGACAUCCGUUGGCCUUGGGCCUGUGCUAUGAGGCCGAGAGCCCAGACGAAGCGGCCUUGGUGUAUGCUGCCAGAGCUUACCAAUGCACUUUACAGUCCAGGACUCCAGAGCAAGUCGUGGUGGACUUUGCUGCUUCGGGGCCAUUGACAUUUCAACUCCUCCAUAUCCUGCCCUUUGACUCAGUAAGGAAAAGAAUGUCUGUUGUGGUCCGGGACCCCCUUUCCAACCAGGUUGUGGUUUAUACGAAGGGUGCCGAUUCUGUAAUUAUGGAGUUACUCUCUGUGGCCACCCCAGAUGGGGCCAGUUUGGACAAGCACCAGAGGACAGUAAGAGAGAAAACCCAGCAACACUUGGAUGACUAUGCCAAACGAGGCCUCCGCACUUUAUGUAUAGCUAAGAAGGUGCUGAGUGACGCCGACUAUGCCGAGUGGCUGAAGAACCACUUUCUAGCUGAAACCAGCAUUGACAACAGGGAACAGUUAUUAUUUGAAUCUGCAAUGAGGUUGGAGAACGAACUCACGUUACUCGGUGCCACCGGCAUUGAGGACCGCCUACAGGAGGGAGUCCCUGAAUCUAUAGAAGCCCUUCAACGAGCCCGCAUCCGGAUCUGGAUGUUGACAGGGGACAAGCAGGAGACAGCUGUCAACAUCGCUUAUGCGUGCAAACUGUUGCAGCCGGAUGACAAGAUCUUUGUCCUCAACACUCAAAGCAAAGACACCUGUGAGACGCUGAUGAGCACCAUUCUGAAGGAACUUCAGAAGAACCUCGGUGCUUCUUCAGAGCAAGUACCGUUGACUGCAUAUUCCCACCAACCUCCUGGCCCCCAGGACUUGAGGCUGCGGGCGGCGCUUGUUAUCACUGGAAAGACCCUAGAGUUUGCCCUGCAAGAGAGUCUUCAAAGGCAGUUCCUAGAGCUGACUGCUUGGUGUCAAGCUGUGGUCUGUUGCCGAGCCACGCCUCUGCAGAAAAGUGAAGUGGUGAAAUUGGUACGCAGCCAACUCCGAGUGAUGACCUUGGCCAUCGGUGAUGGUGCCAACGAUGUCAGUAUGAUUCAGGUGGCAGACGUUGGUGUAGGGAUCUCCGGUCAAGAAGGCAUGCAGGCUGUGAUGGCCAGUGACUUUGCGAUUUCCCAGUUCAGACAUCUCAGCAAGCUCCUUCUGGUCCAUGGGCACUGGUGCUAUACAAGACUGUCCAACAUGAUCCUCUAUUUUUUCUACAAGAAUGUGGCCUAUGUGAACCUCCUUUUCUGGUACCAGUUCUUUUGUGGGUUUUCUGGGACAUCCAUGACUGACUAUUGGGUUUUGAUCUUCUUCAACCUCCUCUUCACCUCUGCCCCUCCCGUCAUUUAUGGUGUUUUGGAGAAAGACGUGUCUGCAGAGACACUCAUGCAGCUGCCUGAACUUUACAAGAGUGGCCAGAAGUCAGAGGCAUACUUACCCCUGACAUUCUGGAUCACCUUGCUGGAUGCCUUUUAUCAAAGUCUGGUCUGCUUCUUUGUGCCUUACUAUACCUACCAGGGCUCAGACAUCGACAUCUUUACAUUUGGAAACCCUCUGAACACAGCGGCUCUUUUCAUCAUCCUACUCCAUCUGGUCAUUGAAAGCAAGAGUUUGACUUGGAUCCACGUGCUGGUCAUCGUUGGUAGCUUCUUAUCCUAUUUUGUCUUCGCCUUGGCUUUUGGAGCCGUGUGUGUAACUUGCAACCCACCAUCCAACCCCUACUGGAUUAUGCAGCAGCACCUGCUGGAUCCCGUCUUCUAUCUCGUGUGCACCCUCACGACCUGCUUGGCUCUCCUACCCAGGUUUAUAUACAGAGUUCUUCAGGGAUCCCUGUUUCCAUCUCCCAUUCUGACAGCCAAGAACCUGGACAAACUGUCUCCAGAGGAAAGGACUGAAGCUUUCAAGAGGUGGAAAGAAACCAGAACGAUGGAUCAAGUGGCAGCUAAGCACACUGAUCAUUCAGCUGCCCAGCUAAGGAAAAGACCCAAGUCAGAUCUUCCCACUGUCUCUGAAAUGAUGUCGGCAGCUUCAUGUGCUGUUGAGAAAGGAAAUGGAUCUGUAUGUGAAACUGCUGUGGACUCCGAGAUGCCUUGGACCUCAGGGAUGGCCGCACCACCAAAGGAUUAAGGACACAGGAUAGCCUACUCUGAGUCACACACAUUCCUUCAACUUUGGAAGAGGAACCUUGAGGCUGCAACACUGUCAAGCCAGCUGAACUUGGACGCUACCUUUAAGACUGUGAUCUUUUCAGUGGGCUUGGGCGGUCAUCAUGACGGCAUUCCUCGUAGGCUUGCAGACACGUUUGUAAAAGAAAAAGACCUUGUUGUGGAUAGAUAGUUUGUGAGAUGAGAUACUUUUAUGAACUUUUUUUUGGAUUUUGUAAGAAUAUAUUAAUCAUCUUAGAAAUCCAUAUAUUUUAAGCAGGGAUUCAUUUGAGGUCAACUUAUUUUGCUGAGAGGUCAUCUCAGAUACUUGAGAAAUGCUGAAUAUGAGCAAUCUCCAAUCAGUUUGUUUGUUUUUUUAAAUGAAGAAACCAAAUCGUUGUUAGAGCAGUUGGUGAGAACACAGAGGAGGUCCACAUGAAAAAGGUUAUCUGUUCAUUUCCAGAUAAAUUCGCAAGAGCCUUUUAAACAACAGUGCACCCAAAGUAGGGUAAUAAUUGUACUAUUGAAAAUACAGGUAGUGGUCCUUAAUCACAUUUUAUUUCCUUUGGGAAGAUGUGCUUGGUCUUCUGACAGGAGAUAUUAGUCAUACCUCUGCUCAUUUCAGUGCUCUGAGCAGAGUCUUCCUCAGGAGGGGGCAGAGGGGAUGCUAGGGCACCAUGAAUGUGUUCUUCUGUCUAGUCCAGCCCGGAGAAGACCAUUUAUGUGGCCUAACUCUGCCUAGUGGUUUGGAAUUGGGAAACAAAGAUCACAGGUCAGGCGGACAGAAUCAGCUGAGCCUACAGCCCAUGUGGAAAUGCCCUGUACUCUAAAACUGACAAUACCCACUGUACCACGUCCUCGGGUGCCCACAAGUCAGUUCUGAAUCAUAGCGACCCUUCAAGGUACUUCAGUUAUGAAAAAGAUUUGUGCUCAAUUAUCAACCAAAAGGUUGGCAGUUCAAAGCGCCUAAGAACAUCAUGGAAGGAAAACCUGAUGAUCUGUUUCCCUGAUGUGACAGCCACUGAGAACGCUGCGGAGCACAGUUCUACUCUGAAACUCAGGUGGCCACCAUCAAACUGAGAACAGCCUGCCCAAAAUAAGACAAUCAGUAGCCAACCACUCUUCAAAAGACUGUUCAAGGGAUCAGGGUCUUUACAUGAUGAGAAAAUCUGCUACAAAAGACCAUUCUAAAGUAUUAGAAAGCAAAGAUGUCGCUUUGAGGGCUUAGGUGCACCUGGUCUGAGCCAUGGUGUUUUCAAUGGAUAUAUAUAUAUAUAUACACAUAUACAUACACACACACAUUAUACAUAAGAAUGUAGUAUAUAUAUCCAUUGUGUAUCAGAAUAUAUCCGUGAAAGCUGAGCCAUGGUAUUUUCCAUGGAUUUGCAUGCAUAUGGAAACUGGGCAGUGCAUUGUCGUGUUGAUAAAGACUGGUAACUAGAUCAUGGAUCCCAGCAAGAGGAACAAAUCUGUCCUGGAAGUAGUAUAGCCCGAAUGCUCCUUAGAGGUGAAAUGGUGAGACUUCAUUGCCCUUACUUUGGUUUUGUGAUCAAAUGAGACUUGUCCUGGGAGUAGGGCAUCAUGCAUGGCAAAGUGUCAGCAAAAAAAAGAAAGGAGGCUCUCUAAUGGGACGGCUUAACCCUGUGGCUGUGAUAAUGGUUUCAAACGCAGCAGAGGUUUUGAAUGGGGUGGGAGCAGGCAGUGUUUCAGUCUGCUGUGCUUAGAAGGUCACUGUGGGCCAAAGCUGACUUUAAGGCACCUACGAACAGCAAGUUUUCACACUACUCUACAGCGUUUAUGGUGAACCAUUAUGAACCCAACGAACGUAGGUUAUUCUCAGGAUAUUUCCAUGGGUUUAUUAGAAAAAAAAACAACAAACUUUUAAAAUACAUUUUAGGACUAUCGAUGGAUGUACUGUAGCAAAUCACGUAUGCUGGCUUUCAUUGGAACAAAGGGGUUAUUUAUACCAAAAAUGGCAGAUGCUAUUAAAAAGUAUGCCUUCUUAUGAAUUUUCUUUAAGUUCUCUAUUCAUCUGAAAUUGACUCAAUGGCAGUGAGUUUGGGUUUUAUCUAUUUGAACGCCAUUUGUCAGCCAGAAAUUAUCCAAAAUUUCUUUCAUGAAUCUCCAUGCUAAUGUUCUGUCUCCAUCAAAAUCUUCUUAACAUUAUUAUUCUCAGGGCUUACUCAUGCUACUCCCUACUACUGUCUAGUCUGACGUUUUUACUGCAAAUAGCCUAUGUAACUAAUCGCAAUAACUUUGAAAUCUCCCGUGGUUAAUGGAAGUUGUCUUCUGCUUCCUUAGGAUUUUUAUUUUUAAAUAAAUGAUUUCAUAAAUAACA